UUUAUACGCAUAUGUAGAUGGUGAAAAUUCCGGAUGUAUAACAUAAAUAUUAACUACCUUCGCAUAUACCCAACUAACGUGAGUACAAGAGUAGGUCAUUCUAUUGUUACUUGUGACACAAUUUUGACCGUACUAACGACUAUAAAAGAGAGCUCUACUAUGAAAAUGUUUAUCUUAAUCUAUUUUCUACUUUCUGUAGUAACCAAGUGUUUCAGCUCAUACUCUAUUAUCAGUAGUAAGUUAAGCAAUGUCACUUUCAAAUAUAUGGAUGGUAUUAAUGGUGAAAGUGAUAUACAUGAAUGUGAAAUUAAUGAGGUGUGUAAUGUGAUUCACAAUCGAUUUUGGGUAUCUAGCUUAACAGAAAGAUUGUGUCGGUGUCCUAAUGGAAAAGAAUGUCCAUGGCAAUGGAAGGAACAACUUGGGAAUUGGUCCCUCUCGCUAAAUAAUAAAUCACACAUGGAGUUUUGCACUCCAGUAACAGAGAUGGAUGUAUGUAAAUAUGAAAAUGAAGGCAUCAAAGUAUAUGGUAAAAGCAAUAAGAAUAAUUCUUAUUUGAUACCGUAUAACGUAACGUUAAGCUGUACCUGCCCACAGUCAUACUAUUGGAGACUUAAAAAAUACGUAUACGAAGAAAAUGAUUUUAUCACGCAAACGUUUAAAUGUAUUAAGGAGAGAAUGUGCUAUACCCACGAAUUUUGUGGUUAUAUACGGUCUGAUUUGUACUCAACAUAUUAUAGAUGCACUUGUCCAGAAAAUCAUUUGUGCAUUUUUAAUAAUAGAACCUCUGAGAAUGUUCAAGAACUGCUUUACUCCGGCCCUGCUUACAAAGCUCAUUGUCUCCCAUUUAAAAGAUUAUAAUAUGGAACACAUACCUGUGAAGAUUGUUCACUCAUAGCUUUUAAAGUCGGUAAUAAUUCAACUUGAAAUCUAUCAGGCCACAGAACUCUUGUAACAAGACCAGCCCUUAAUGCCUCACUGGCUGUUAAAAUUCUGCCACCCAAAAGUAAUUCACUUGUCUGAAACAUGAUAUAAUUAGCGCUUAUUUCGUUAAGUAAUAUUGAUCAUAUAUUAUUCUUAGUAUGAUUGUUUCUAAAUAAACAUAUAUAAUAAAGUUAAAA